AUGUCCUCAUUCCGCUUUUUCUUUUCUUCUUUUUGUUCUCUUUUCUUCGUUUCUUUCUUUGAACCCUUUUCGGCUUCACCCUGCUUAUUUGCAAUUCUGUUACUUUCUUUCUUUAUUUCAUUGUCACAUUCUUUCUUUCUUUCUUUCUUUCUUUCUUUCUUUCUUUCUUUCUUUCUUUCUUUCUUUUUUCUUCAGUUCCACUUUCUUUCUUUCUUUCAUUCUCUUUUUCUUUCUUUCGUUCUCUUUUGUUUCUUGUUUUUGUGGGUUUCUUUCUUUCUUUCUUUAUCUUUUUUCUUCAGUUCCACUUUCUUUCUUUCUUUCUUUCUCUUUUUCUUUCUUUCGUUCUCUUUUGUUUCUUGUUUUUGUGGGUUUCUUUCUUUCUUUCUUUAUCUUUUUUCUUCAGUUCCACUUUCUUUCUUUCUUUCUUUCUUUCAUUCUCUUUUUCUUUCUUUCGUUCUCUUUUGUUUCUUGUUUUUGUGGGUUUCUUUCUUUCUUUCUUUAUCUUUUUUCUUCAGUUCCACUUUCUUUCUUUCUUUCUUUCUUUCAUUCUCUUUUUCUUUCUUUCGUUCUCUUUUUGUUUCUUGUUUUUUGUGGGUUUCUUUCUUUCUUUCUUUAUCUUUUUUUCUUCAGUUCCACUUUCUUUCUUUCUUUCUUUUUCUUUCUUUCUUUCUUUGGUUCGUUUUUAUUUUUGGUUCGUUUUUAUUUCUUUCUUUCUCUUUUUCUUUCUUUCUUUCUUUCUUUGAAUCAUUUAUCUUUUUCUUUCUUUCGUUCUCUUCUCUUUAUGUUUUUUGUGACUUUCUUUCUUUCUUUUUUUCUUUCUUUCUUUGA